AUGAGUUCUGAUUCAUCGUCUCGUGCUCAGUCCGACGAGGAAAUAUCACAUUCUUCUUCCGAAGAAGAGGUACCUCCCGCUCCCACCGGAUGGGAUGUAGCGGGUUUUGCCAACAACCCAAUCAACAACUAUAUCUCCCGCCGCAUACAAAGCGAGAUCGCUCGAAUGCAGCAGCCACCCCCCCAACGGCCAAUCCGCCGGCGGCGCCGAUACAUCCCUCGCGACCACACUGGUGCGCACGAUCGGCUGUUCGCCGAUUAUUUCGCGGAGGAACCACGUUAUCCGGCAGAUGUAUUUCGUCGCCGGUUCGGAAUGCGCCGCUCCCUCUUCCUGCGCAUUGUUAAUGCGUUGUCCGCGCGUUACCCCGAGUUCCGGCUCCAGCGAGACGCAGCAGGGAAGCCCGGACUAUCGCCCCUACGAAAUGCUGCUGUUGCCAUCCGGCGGUUGGCAUACGGAGGGUCCGCCGACAUGUUCGAUGAGUAUAUGCAAUGCGGCGAGACGACUGGCAACGAGUGCUGA